AUGUAUGAUGUAGGAGUUUUUAUUGGAUUUACUUCUUCUAUUGUAUGUACUCCUCUUGAAGGAUUUUUUGCUGGAUGUACUCCUGUUGAAGGUCUUCUUGUGAACACUCUCGACUGUUUAUAUGAUAUUAAAUGUGUUGAAUUAUUGAUUGAUUAUUUUCCAACUCUUAAUCAAUCGAAUGUAUCCUUAAUGGAUUCUAUUCUCGUUCCACCAAAUCAAAAUACAUCUGUGUAUGAUCAUUUACUUAAUCUUUUCAUUGAUGAAUGGUCAAUAAAUAUAAAUUAUUCGAAAUACUAUGAUGAAUGUGUUCCGAGAUCUUGCACAUAUACCAUAAUUGAUCAAAUUAAUUUUUCUUAUGCAUUUACUCUUCUUAUCAGUAUCUAUGGUGGUCUCAUUAUCAUACUUCGUUUAAUUACACCAAUCUUAGUCAAUAUGUCAAUGAAACUAAGUGUAGUCAGUCUUAGACAAAAUCGUACUAUUGAAACCUCAUUUCUGGUUCUUAUUAUCUUUACAUCCCUAAGUACUCAAACAGUUACAAUAACUGAAUCAAAUCCAUCUUUAUUGACUUAUGACAAAUUACAAGCUAUGUAUCCGAACACACUCAAAUGUUUUUGUUCUAAUACAGCAAUACGUUAUGAUAAGUUUAUGUCAUUGUCUCCAACUUUACAUGAAGUAUGUUCCAGUGAUUUUGUUCAUGACGAUUUUCUUUCAGCAUUGAAAGAAAAGGUAGUAGUUAGGAACAAACAUAGUGAUUGGACUGAUCGAGCAUUCUCACAUUUUCAGUUGUUGAUGAACUUUUGUCGACUAGCUAAUGAGACUAUCACGGCUGCCGUUCAUCGUUUUAUCAUGGGAUCCAUGGUUAUUUCAAACAUGCUUAAUAAAAAUGAUUUUAAUACACAAACAAACGUGACUCUCGAUCAAUUUUAUCGAUCGACAAUUGUCGAUUUUCGUCUUGCAGUUGACAUACAACGUCUCUUUGUACAAAUUGAUCAACCUUAUACAGGAAAAGCAACGGGGCCCAACAACAAUGUUGCAUCAUUUCUUUUCACUGAAAUUUAUUAUGCAAAUUUCACAUUGAUCAAUUGUGAUUGUGCUACUAAUGUUCAUUGUCAAACUUCGGCUUUUAUUUACCAAGACACGAACGUCACUAACAGUUAUGUUUAUAUAAUACCAGGCAUAGUUAAAGGUUGUUUUAUUAUUAAUUCGCUUCUUUACUCCACACUUCAAUGUUUAUAUGUGGACUCAGAUUGUUUUCCAAAUCUAGUCAGUUUUCUACUUGGUGGGAAUCAUUAUCAUCUUCAUCCUUUGAUUUAUAAUCCAACAUUGAGCAAAUAUCCUCCAAAUACUUCAGUUUUAGAAAUAGUUAAGGAAUUAAUGAUAGAACAGUGGAAUCCGUUAUAUAUAUACGAACCAUUUUAUGAAUCAUGUGCACCAAGCUAUUGCACUUAUUCGAAGAACAUUCGCACAAAAAACACUAUGGGAGUAAUAACAACACUGGUAUCUUUAAUUGGGGGUCUUACAGUUGCAUUGCGUCUCAUUACACCUCAAUUGGUCAAGCUUUUCUAUUGGCUAUUGACGUUGAACAAGAAAAAAAAAGAAAAACAACCUCAGCAAGGUAAUGAUUAUAGAUCAAAUAUAUUUAAAUAA